AUGGCUGAAGCGCCAAACGCAAACGACGAGCUCUACCCCAUCGCCGUGCUCAUCGACGAGCUCAAGCACGACGAUGUUUUGCUCCGACUCAACGCGAUUCACCGGCUCUCUACAAUUGCUCUUGCCCUCGGCGCCGAGCGAACAAGAGAUGAGCUGAUUCCCUUCCUCGACGAGUCUGUUGAGGAUGAGGACGAGGUCUUGGUCGCCUUGAGCGAGGAGCUCGGCAACUUCAUCGAAUACGUCGGUGGUCCUGCGUGGGGCCACGUCUUGCUGUCUCCCCUCGAGAACCUCGCCGCCAUUGAGGAGCCCGUCGUUCGAGACAAGGCCGUCGAGUCUCUCAACAAGAUCUGCGAGGAGCUCUCACCGCAACAGGUCGAAGAGUUCUUCAUUCCCCUCACAAUCCGCCUCGCCAAGGCCGACUGGUUCACGUCAAAGGUGUCCGGCUGCGGCCUGUUUACGGCUCCCUACAAGAAGGUGUCUCCUCCCGUCCAGGAGCAGCUCCGCCAGCAGUUUGGUCUGCUGGUCCACGAUGAGACCCCGAUGGUGCGCCGCCAGGCCGCGUCCAACCUGGCCAAGUUUGUCAAGGAGAUGCCCCCCGCCAUUGUCAUUGACGAGAUGAUUCCCCUCUUCCAGCACCUCGUGACGGACGACCAGGACAGCGUUCGAUUACUCACCGUGGAGGUUCUUAUCGCCAUUGCCGAGGGCGUGCCCAAGGAGCAGCAAGCCAGCCACGGCGUCCUGCUGACUUCGCUGCGAAACCUGAUCGAGGACAAGAGCUGGAGAGUCAGGUACAUGAUAGCCGACAGGUUUGAAAAGAUUGCCAAGGCCGUUGACGAAGAAGUCGUCUCCAGAGACUUGGUGCCGGCAUUCGUCAAGCUUCUUAAGGACAACGAGGCGGAGGUGCGGACGGCCAUUGCCGGCCAGAUCCCCGGCUUCUGCAGUCUGGUGGACCGACAGACGCUCCUUAAUGACAUUAUGGGCAGCAUUGAGGAUCUCGUCUCAGACACGUCGCAGCAUGUGCGCGCUGCCCUGGGAACUCAGAUUAGCGGCCUGGCUCCGAUACUGGGCAAGCAAGAGACUAUCGACCACCUGCUACCCAUGUUCCUCCAGAUGCUCAAGGACGAGUUUCCCGAGGUUCGACUGCACAUCAUUUCGAAGCUGGAGCUGGUGAACCAGGUUAUCGGCAUUGACCCCCUGUCCGUCUCGCUACUGCCUGCCAUUGUCAACCUGGCCGAAGACAAGCAGUGGCGCGUGCGCCUGGCCAUUAUCGAGUACAUCCCUCUGCUGGCCAGCCAGCUGGGCGUCAAGUUCUUUGACGAGAAGUUGAGCAACUUGUGCAUGGGCUGGCUCGGCGACACCGUCUUCUCCAUUCGCGAGGCUGCUACUCACAACCUGCGAAAGCUGACAGAGGUGUUUGGCGUAGAGUGGGCGAGUGAGGCCAUCAUCCCUAAGGUCAUGACGAUGGGCAACCACCCCAACUACCUGUACCGGAUGACGACUUGCUUUGCCAUUUCGACUCUGGCCUCUGUCGUCAGCAUAGACGUCAUCUCCAAGUCGAUUCUGCCCAUGCUGGACAAGUUGACCGGGGAUGACAUCCCCAACAUCCGCUUCAACGUGGCCAAGACGUACAAGGUGCUCAUCAACGCCCUGCAGCGCCUGCCGGAGCAGGGCACCCUCUACACGAUUGAGAAGGAGGGCACCCAGGCGACGCCGUCGCCCCGGGGCGAGGAGCUGAUCCAGCAGCGCAUCCUGCCGAACCUGCACAAGCUGCAGAAGGAUGACGACGUGGACGUGCGCUACUUUGCGACGCAGGCGGUGGCCGCGGCGACGGGCGGAGCGUCAGGAGGCGGAGAGCCCAUGAAUACUUCACCAUAG